AUGAACAGUACCGAUACAAAACAGAGCGCCGGCUACUUUAAGGAAAAGGCGACAAUCGGCUUGAGUUCCUUCAGUGGCGAUGAAAUCGUGAAGGCUAUUUUGAAGACUACCAGUCACCUACUGAAAGCACCGAAGGAAAAGUAUAUGCAGAAGCUGGUGGCCGCCUCGUACGGGCAGUAUGGAUCUGGAUUGAGAGAGGGGCUUCCGAUCAAUGAGUUCAUUGUCCGCGAGCUGGAGAAGCGAUCUCACACUCACAACUGGAUUGUAGUGCUGAAGACAAUGGUCUCUUUUCAUCGGCUGAUGUGUGAUGCCUCGGACAGCAUGGUGGAAACGAUCUGCUAUUACAGACAUGUGUUUAGGGCCUCAAACAUCAAGAACCUGGCUGACACCGCUGACGGGGCUGGUCAGGCGUAUUUUAUUGCUCAAUACAUGACUUAUCUGGAGGAGCGCUGUGUUAUGCAGAGUGCUCUCGGAAAGGGUCGGCGCGUUGAGAUUCGUGAGUUUGAGGAGUACCUGGAGACGCUGAAUGCAAAGUCGCUCCAGCCGGUGUUUGAAAUUCUGCUUCGACUCUUCGAGGCGGUGCCAGCAGUCGAGUACCGUGAGGCUGUGGUGAACAACUUUUGCACUCUGGAGGCGUAUCAACUGCUUGUCCGGGACGGAAAGCAACUCUUCCAGCACUUGGCAAAGCGUGUCAUCUUCAUACUCGAUGGAUUUGAGGACUUUUCGCUGCCGGAGAAGCGGCGCUGGUUUGACUUGUACCGCAGAUAUGCUAGUGCAUUUGCUUCUGUCAAGCAGUACUUCGAUUCCAUGUUGUGUUCCUCGCGCGUUUUUCUGGAGCCGGUGCCCAAGUUAAAGCCGCUACCGGAGUCACUGCUGACUCGUUUGGAGGGCGACAUACGCGCCAGUGAAACGGCAAAGGAGGGACUGUGCACGCUGGAGAGCCUCGGUAUCUGCAGCAGAGAAGAUUCGCGCGUUGAUAGCAAGGAAGAGAAGAUUCGACCGCCGCGCGCGCCAGAGCCGGCUGUGGUAAAUCAGUCAGAAGCUGUCACCGCUCUCACGCCAGCUGCACCGACCGUUUCAUUGGAUGACCUUUUUGUGCCAAGCCAGGAGCCAACGAAGCCAGUGCAGCCUGCUUCUUGUCCUGCCUCUUGGACACCUGCACCACUGGCGGCCACGUCAUUCCAACAGGGUUCCGAGCAAUUUCAGUGGGAAACUGGCGUGCCGCAGAACUGGGGAUCUGGCGGCCAUAUCACCCUCCAAGCCAUCGCGACGCCACCAGUGCCGCCGCCGCAGCACGCCUUUUCAGGUGGUGCACCACCGCCUGCUGGAGAAGGCGCGCUGUACCCUCUGGUGCAAUCGGCGUUGAAGCAACCGCCGCCGCCAGUGCAGUUCAAGAAGCCGGCGGACCCGUUAAAGGACUUGUACAAUAGCUGCCACUGGCAAUCGAACUAG